AUGCCUACCAUCAAGUCCACUAUCCUUACCGUGCUGGUGGCCUCCGCUACCGUCGCCGUCACCGUCGCUCUUCCAUCUCCUCAGCAGGCAGCAGCUACAGACGCUUCUGACGCUGCACCAUUGUUGCACCUGGAAGUGCAAUGCGGGUGCUGGAACCUGUGCACGCUGCAAGCUCUCGGCGACGCCUCGAUCGCGGGCUGCGACUCCGCCUGUGAUCCACAGUUCCUCUGCGAGACUAUCGACGCGCUGACCGGCGGCCCGACCACCAUCGUUGCAGCAACUCCUUGGGCUUCGGCUUCGGCGAUUUCCAAACGGGGAGGAUCUCUCGGCGGCACACCACCGCCAUUCAAUCCCUUCGGGCCGGGAGGCGCAAUCGAAGAAGAGUCCCAACCGGUCACAGCCAACGCCAAACGCGCCUUCGACAUCCGCCCAACUCCUGGUCCCACGGUGCCCGACGAGCCUCCUUUUCCCGGGGUUGCGCUCAAGGCCAAGCGCGCGCCUGAGCGUCUUCCCAAUCCGUGGCAGGACUGUCGACCAGGCCAGACCGACUGCCCAUCCCCGGUCGGUGCCGUGGUUGGUGUCGGAAAGCGCAACGCGUUGCCGAGCCUGCCCCUAAGUCCCAUCAUCGACCCCGGUCCCAAAGGCGUCGUCUGCGAGGCCGUCGCCAAACGAGAUCCAGAUCCACGACCACCCGUCGAGCCUCGCCCUGACUGUCCACCUCCUGAGGACGGUGGCCUUGCAAAGAGGAUGAUCUCGUGGGACCUGACCAUUAAGGGAUCGUGUAGCGGGGGCGGCUGUAGCGGGGAGGUGAGUGUUACUAUACACUUCUGA